AGAAUACUUCCUACUUAGCUUCCUGAACUUCUUCUUCUCUAUCUCAAUUUCUCAGUUUCUCAAUUAAUCUUGUUAUGAAUCAAUCACUCUUGCUCAGAUCAUAACAAUUGGUAUCAGAGCACAUAUACGAUCAUACUAAUGACAAAAAUGAGCAAUACAGAUCGUCUUAAUUACUCAGCUCGAAUUGGAGUUCGCUAAUAUACGAACUAAUAUGGAGAGGAUGAACGAAGCUCAGAGAAAUGACCUAACUCGCAUGUCGGAAUCAUAGGAGAAGCGCUUUGAAGAAAUCCUAGCAUCAGUAAAAGGAACCAGUUCAUCUCAACACAUCGAGCAUGAAGUCAGGCCUCAAACUUUUGGAAUACUAUCUACACCCUGAAAAUAUACAGGUAUUAAGCUGGAUUUUCCUCAGUGUAAUGGUGAAAAUGCAAGAGGAUGGGUUAGAAAAUGUCAGCGUUAUUUCUUGAUUCAUAAUAUGUCCAAUUAUGAAAAGAUAGUAUUGGUAGGGAUGUAUGUUGAAGGGAAUGUUGAACACUGGUAUAUGGAUAUGAUUGCUGGCAGGGAAGCAAUGAGUUGGGAUACCUUUGUAAAACUGUUUCUUGACAGAUUCUCCAAAGACAAUGAAAUAAUUGGGGAAUUUAACAAAUUGAGGCAAAAAGGUGGAGUGGAGGAUUAUAUUGAUAAAUUUUCUGAACUUAAAUCUUUCAUGUUACAAAGAAAUAAGUUCUUGGAUGAUUUCUAUUUCCUGAAAAGCUUCCUGAGUGGUUUGAAAGAAGAAAUAAGGCAUAUAGUUGAAAUUGUGGAUCCUGAAAACCUGGAACAGGCCUUUAUGGUUGCCAAGAAACAAGAAUCUUUGCUAGAAGCAGUAGGAAGAACUGGGAGAAUAGCCUUUAAAAGUGGAACCAGAUUUGGAACUGAAAAUAAAGUGAUAAACCAUGUGGAAAAAUCAUUACCUGUUAAAAGAUUGAAUAAAGAAGAAUUGGAUGAACUAUACACAGUAGGGCAUAAAUGCAAAAAGAUAUUUGCCAUUCUACUUCCAGAACAUGAAGAUUGUUCAAGUGUUCCAAUAGAUGAUGGUGAUAGUGAGGAGGAAGUCAGUUUUGGAGUAUCAAUGCAUGCUCUGAAAGGUCAGGUGCCUACUGAUACUAUCAAAUUGAUAGGGAAUGUUAAGAAUAAUAAUCUAACCAUACUUGUGGACUCUGGGAGUACACACAGCUUCAUAGACCAUGGAGCAGCUAAGAAGAUUAAUUGUGAGGUUGAGAUUACUAAUCCUUUACAAGUGACAGUAGCAGGAGGAGGGCAGAUUGAGUGUAACUCCAAAUGUCCUAGAUUAGAAUGGGAAAUGGCAAGACAUUGUUUUGCAGCAAGUGUCGGGAUUUUUCCCUUAGGGGGUUAUGACAUGGUAAUGGGAGUGGACCUAAUGAGGAAAUUAGGACCUAUUAUGCUGGAUUAUGACUACCAUACCAUCACUUUUGAUCAUAAAGGACAAAGAGUUGUAGUACCGGGCAUUCAACCAGAUAUUUCAGUUAAAAUGAUCACAGGAAGAAAGAUGAAUAAUCUAUUGAAGAAGAGACAUGGAACCAUAUUCAAUGCCUCAGUAUGUUGACAACAUCUGUAACUAAAACUGAAGAUCACAAGGAAGUAAAGUUGGAACAGAUUAUCAUCAACUAGCAAGACAUUUUUCAAGAGCCCACUGAGUUACCCCCCUCAAGAACCUGUGAACAUCAACAAAGAAAUGCAGACAUAACAAAGAUUAUAAUGGAUUGACAGUUGUUUCAUAACAAAGAAAUGCAGACAUUUUAGUAGUCAUUUUUCUGUAUUCCAUCAUAUUUCCAAGCCAAAAAAAUAGUGAGACUUUGACUCUAUUGCAAAUGAUGAAAAGAUCGUUUUGUUUUGUGCAUGAUAAAUUGGGAAAUUAAUACACAUGUAUACAUUAUAUUAUAAUGUUGUUAACGGUUAAGGCACUAGUUUAUUUGGAGAAUCUUUACAAUAAAAAGAGAUUCAUUCCUCAUAAAUCUCUAGUAUAUUACUCCCUGAGUCCCAAAUUGUAAGAUACAUUUAC